UCCAGAGUCCAUAUUUAUAGUCCCCUGUUUUAUAUAUCCUUUAUCCUUAAUUGGAGUAUUGGCUAGUAUCUCGGAAUCAUUCAUGUUUGGAGCUGAAUGGCGGGAGGACCUCACGAAAAGUGGAGUAACCAGAGGGAGUAUCUCCUCUCAUGUCUCGGAUAUGCGGUCGGCAUCGGGAACUUGUGGAGGUUCCCGUACUUGUGCUAUAGGAAUGGUGGAGGUGCAUUUCUCAUUCCAUAUUUCCUGACGCUGGUAAUAUGUGGGAUUCCUUUGGUGUAUCUGGAGACUACACUCGGACAGUUUGCCAGUUCGGGAUGCAUCUCCGUCUUCAAUAUAAAUCCCCUAUUCAAAGGAGCUGGAUAUACGGGAGUGAUGGUGAACAUAAUUGCAGUGGUAUACUUCGCCUCCAUAAUGUCAUACCCGGUGCUGUACAUAUACCACUCGUUCAGCUCCCCCCUCCCCUGGCAGAGCUGCGGCAACUAUUGGAAUACCGACAGAUGCACUGAGCUCACAGGAAAUUCGAGCUAUAUUAUUGGAUCUAACAGUACUAUAACAACUCCUGAAGAUGAAUUUUUUCACAUCCGGCUACUUCAGCAGUCCCCCAGUAUCAGCCAGAUUGGAGGCCUCGUCUGGCCCGUGUUCUGGUGCAAUGUCAUCUGCUGGGUCAUCGUCUACCUUUGCAUUUGCAAUGGCGUCAAGAGCGUUGGAAAGAUCGUGUAUUUCACCGUGUUGUUCCCAUAUGUCGUUCUGCUUGUGUUAUUCAUCAGAGGUGUCACUCUUCCUGGCGCUUGGAAGGGCAUUUCUUUCUACAUACUGCCUGAUUGGAGCCAACUAGCUAAACCCAAAGUAUGGGCGGAUGCGGCCACACAGCUGUUUUAUUCUCUUGGCCCCGGCUGGGGCGGCCUCGUCAGCAUGGCAAGCUUCAAUAGAUUCAAUUACAAUAAUUUCAGAUCUUCAGUGAUAAUUCCGCUAGUAAACAGCGGCACCAGCAUUUGGGCGGGUUUUGUGGUGUUCUCCGUGCUGGGUUUCGCCGCAGAGAAGGCUUCAGUGCCAGUGGGCCAGGUGGCCAAUGCUGGGCCUGGGUUGGCCUUCGUCACCUACCCCGCUGCCGUCAGCAUGAUGCCCGCUCCUAACUUCUGGGCUAUCACCUUCUUUGUCAUGCUGUUCUUUCUCGGUAUCGAUUCUAUGUUCGUCACAAUCGAAGCAGUUAUAGCAGGUUUAAUAGAUGAGUUCCCCAUGCUGCGCCCGCGCAAACGGUUAACCACCUUUCUAACUUGUUUAGCGCUCUUUGGUCUGUCAAUCAUAUGUAAUACUGAGGGCGGUUUACACGUGGUAGGACUUUUAGACAACCACGUGGCCAUAGCCAGCAUCCCGAUCGUGUGCCUGAUGGAACUAAUAGCCGCCAUGUACACUUACGGCCCCGCUCGGAUGUCCCGUGACGUCAUGUUCAUGGUGGGGAAGCCUCUGCACCACUUCUGGGUGGUUAUGUGGAGUUACAUGAUACCGCCGAUACUUGUGAUAAUAUUAGUUUACUCGAUGCGAGAAGUGACAGGAUUAGCGGGGUGGACAGUCGCGAUGGCGUCAGUUGUCUUCAUCCCCUUGCAUAUGAUCAAGGUUAUUUACAGGGCUGAUGGAACUUUAUUGCAGCGUAUCCGCAAGAGCUGCCAACCUUCCAGCGAGUGGGGUCCAGUCGACGAGGAGAUCCGACGGCGGUGGGAAGGGCUCGGACCAGAUCGGACGCACGAGCUGAAUAAUCUAUGCGAUGUUAAACCUUGAACUUUACAAUAAAUUUAUCGAAACUAUAAUAAAGACCUAUCAUGUUAUCAUU